AGAGGGAAAGGAAAUCGAAAAGAGAAAUGAAAUGAAAACCACAAGCAGAAAGAAAGAGUGGUAAUGCGAAGAAGAAAAGGUUGAGAACAAAAUAGGUUGUUGAGUGAUUAAUGGCGGAGCAGAGAAAUAUGUGGAACUGGGAGGUGGCUGGCUUCGAGCCGAGGCCGGUGGAGGUGGAGCAGCCGAUCGUACGGCGGUACUCGAUCUCGACGACGCGAGAGAAUUCGGAGUUCUCGAAGCAGGCUCUCGCCUCCAAAGUUCACCGAUUGAAAGAUAAAAUCAAGCUUGCAAAAGAGGAUUACUUGGAGUUGAGACAAGAAGCAAGUGAUUUACAGGAAUAUUCUAAUGCGAAACUUGAUCGAGUUACUCGUUAUCUUGGAGUCCUUGCUGAAAAAACUCGUAAGCUAGAUCAAGUUGCCCUUGAAACCGAGGCUAGAAUAUCUCCACUCAUCAAUGAGAAGAAAAGAUUGUUCAAUGACUUGUUAACAGCCAAAGGAAGCAUAAAGGUGUUUUGUCGUGUACGACCAUUAUUUGAAGAUGAAAGUCCUUCUGUUGUUGAAUUUCCUGAUGAUUGCACAAUCCGCGUCAAUACUGGCUCUGAUACCAUCUCCAAUCCCAAAAAAGAUUUUGAAUUUGACAGAGUUUAUGGACCUCAUGUGGGACAAGCUGAGUUGUUCACAGAUGUGCAACCAUUUGUGCAGUCUGCUUUGGAUGGAUAUAAUGUUUCUAUAUUUGCUUAUGGACAAACUCACUCUGGAAAGACACACACUAUGGAAGGAUCUAGCUAUGAUCGUGGUUUAUAUGCUCGUUGUUUUGAAGAGUUGUUUGAUUUGGCUAACUCAGAUUCAACUUCUACUUCUCAGUUCAAUUUCUCUGUUACGGUUUUUGAGCUAUACAAUGAACAGAUAACUGAUUUGCUGUCAGAGUCCGAAAAUACUUUGCAGAAGAUCUGCAUGGGAUCACUGGAAUCAUUUAUAGAGCUUCAGCAAGAAAAAGUCGAUAACCCAUUGGACUUUUCUAGAAUCUUGAAAGCCGCAUUUCAGAGACGGGAAAAUAACAUAUCAAAGUUGAAUGUUUCUCACUUGAUUGUAACAGUGCACAUAUAUUAUAACAAUGUGAUCAGUGGGGAGAACUUGUAUAGCAAGCUUUCUCUUGUUGACCUGGCUGGAAGUGAAGGUCUAAUAGCAGAAGAUGAUAGCAGUGAGCGUGUGACAGACAUGCUACAUGUGAUGAAAUCACUCUCAGCGUUGGGGGAUGUCUUGUCUUCUUUAACUUCAAGGAAGGAUGUUGUUCCUUAUGAAAAUUCAAUGCUGACAAAAGUUCUUGCUGACUCCUUAGGGAGGGAUUCAAAAACUUUGAUGAUACUUAAUGUGUGUCCAAAUAUUGCAAAUUUGCCUGAGACAUUAUCGUCUCUCAGCUUCUGUUCUAGGGCUAGAAAUGCUACACUAAGCCUCGGAAAUCGAGAUACAAUUAAGAAGUGGAGAGAUGUUGCUAAUGAUGCACGCAAGGAGUUAUAUGAAAAGGAAAAGGAAAUUCAAGAUCUGAAACAAGAGGUUUUGGAAUUGACGCAAGCACUCAAAGAUGCAAAUGACCAGUGUGUCUUGCUCUUCAAUGAAGUUCAGAAGGCGUGGAAAGUUUCUUUCACCCUGCAAUCAGAUUUAAAGUCAGAGAAUAUUAUGAUUGCUGACAAGCAUAAGGUGGAAAAGGAACAAAAUGCUCAGCUUAGAAAUCAAGUAGCUCAACUGCUACACACGGAACAGGAUCAAAAAAUGAUAAUGCAACAAAAAGAUUCCACAAUUCAGACACUCCAGGCCCAAAUUAAAAGCAUGGAGUCACAGCUCAAUGAAGCUCUCCGUUUGAGGGAAGCUCGGUCAACAUUUGGCUCAGAAUCAGGGCCUGUGAUUUCAUCAAUCUCUAAGGCAACCGGGGAUGGCAUGGAUUCUUCAGCAGUAACCAAGAAACUUGAAGAAGAACUAAGAAAGCGUGAUGCUUUGAUUGAGAGGUUGCAUGAAGAAAAUGAGAAACUGUUCGAUAGAUUAACAGAAAAAGCCUCUUUAGCUGGAUCACCCCAGGUGUCUAGUCCAUUGUCCAAAGGAACUGUGAAUGUUAAGUCUCAGGAGCUGGGAAGAAAUGAGAACAAUAAAGGACGUUCAAUGGAUGUUGCUCCAUCACCAUUGGGUGCAGAUAAGACUGAUGGAACCGUUGCUUUGGUUAAAUCAGGAUCUGAGAAAGUUAAAUCCACCCCGGCAGGAGAAUAUCUUACAGCUGCACUAAAUGACUUUGAUCCUGAACAAUAUGACAGCCUUGCUGCCAUUUCAGAUGGUGCAAACAAGCUUUUGAUGUUGGUUCUGGCAGCAGUCAUUAAAGCAGGUGCUUCUAGAGAGCAUGAAAUACUUGCUGAAAUCAGAGAUGCUGUUUUCUCUUUUAUCCGCAAAAUGGAACCAAAGAGGGUAAUGGAUACCAUGCUUGUUUCCCGUGUCAGAAUUUUGUACAUAAGAUCUUUGCUUGCCAGGUCUCCUGAGCUGCAGUCCAUCAAGGUUCCUCCUGUUGAGUGCUUUUUGGAGAGGGCUAAUACUGGACGAAGUAGAAGCUCCAGCCGAGGCAAUAGUCCUGGAAGAUCCCCUGUGCAGUUUGUGGAGGAGCAGAUCCAAGGCUUUAAAGUGAACAUAAAGCUGGAGAAGAAGUCUAAGUUGUCAUCAGUUGUUUUGAGAAUGAGAGGAAUUGAUCAGGAUGCAUGGAGGCAGCAGGUAACUGGUGGAAAACUGAGGGAAAUUCAAGACGAAGCAAAAAGUUUUGCAAUAGGAAACAAAGCUCUUGCUGCUCUCUUUGUGCAUACUCCAGCUGGCGAGCUGCAGAGGCAAAUUAGGUCCUGGCUUGCAGAGAAUUUUGAGUUUCUUUCUGUUACUGGAGAUGAUGCAUCGGGUGGGAUCACUGGUCAAUUAGAACUCCUUUCGACUGCAAUUAUGGAUGGCUGGAUGGCUGGAUUGGGUGCUGCAUUGCCUCCCAGUACAGAUGCUCUUGGCCAGCUUCUAUCCGAGUAUGCAAAACGGGUUUUUACUUCUCAAUUGCAACACUUAAAGGAUAUUGCUGGGACCUUAGCAUCAGAAGAGGCAGAAGAUGCAGCACAAGUAGCGAAACUGCGUUCGGCUCUAGAGUCUGUCGAUCACAAAAGAAGAAAGAUCUUGCAACAAAUGAGAAGUGAUGCAGCCUUAUUAACAUUGGAAGAUGGUGGUUUGCCUGUUCAAAAUCCUUCCACUGCUGCUGAAGAUGCACGAUUAGCAUCUCUGAUUUCUCUUGAUGGCAUAUUGAAGCAAGUCAAGGAUAUAUUGAGACAAUCCUCAGUGAACACCUUGAGUAAAUCUAAGAAGAAAACGCUGCUUGUUUCUCUGGAUGAACUUGGGGAAAGGAUGCCUUCCCUCCUCAAUAUUGAUCACCCAUGUGCCCAAAGGCAAAUUGCAGAAGCUCGUCGCAUGGUUGAGUCAAUUCCUGAACAAGAUGACCCCCUUCAUGAGUUGGCACAUGCUCGAAAAUCUACUGCUGAUUUGGGGUCUGGUACAGAAACUGAUGUGGCACAGUGGAACGUUUUGCAAUUCAAUACAGGCUCAACUACCCCGUUUAUCAUCAAGUGUGGAGCAAACUCAAACUCAGAACUGGUGAUUAAGGCUGAUGCCCGUGUUCAGGAACCCAAAGGUGGUGAAAUCAUGAGGGUCGUUCCAAGACCAUCAGUUUUGGAAAAUAUGAGCAUGGAUGAAAUGAAACAUGUAUUCUCUCAACUACCUGAAGCUUUAAGCUUGCUUGCCCUUGCAAGGACUGCAGAUGGUACCCGAGCUAGGUAUUCUAGACUUUAUAGAACUUUAGCUAUGAAGGUUCCCUCAUUGAGGGACCUUGUUGGUGAGCUUGAGAAGGGUGGAGUGCUGAAAGAUGUGAAGUCAUGAAUUUAAAGAAUGUUGAGAACUCAGAGCAUGCAGUGUAUGAUAUGAUUGGUUGUGCUUGCCGCGGUGUUCAUAUUAUUAUUAUUAUUUAUUCCUGUUA